UCGAACGAUGGUUCGAUUGCUCAGUCUCUCAAAAUUAUUUCUUUCUUCGUUGCGUGCGGUUGUGCUUCCCGUCGAUCGAAACAGUGAACAACGCGUUCGGGUGGUUCAUGGAAAUUUAAAGCGAAAUCGAUUGUUUUUGCGCGACACAAGCAAGUGUACCGUGUUUCGUAAUGUGAUCCUUGCAGUUUCACUCACAGCACCCGUCAGGAUACACUCUAAAAAGUCGGCCAACGUCAAGGCAGAAAACCACACAGCCAAAGUGUUUCCCCGUGUUGUAUCGUGCCGCUGGAAUCUCGAUUGUUGUGUGUCCUGACCCGUGAUAAUUGCGAUCAUUAUCAUCCCAAAUCAUCGUCAGCAGCUUCACCUGGUUACUGGCACGGCAGGAAAUGUGCGUUUUUUUGCAUCGUCUUCGCCAUUCAACUAUCAUUUAGCGGAGUGUAUGCGUGAGAAGCGCAGCGAAUAAUCAAGGUAGCCAAAGCGAAGAAGCGAGAAUUUGUUUUGAUGCGUUCACCUCCGUGGGAUGAACGCGAAUAGUGGCGGAUGCUGACGGAAGUGUUUCGUGGUGUGUGUGUAAACGCGGCCGCACGGUAAAGUGUUGUUUAUUAAAAGAGAUCAAUUUCAUCACAGGUCAGUGUUGGACGUGGUGGUUAAGAAGAUAAAGUGAACGAACGUAGUUUAUGCAACAAACAUAAUCACUGACACUGCUGCAACGCAUCAUCAAGUGCUGCUUAGUCGGAAAACAGAUUAGUUAAUUAGGGAUCGAACCACAACGGAAUGAAUUUAUCAGAUUCCAAAGCCAGUCAGCACGGUUAACACCAACCCCCCCUGUUUCUGUGCAGCAUCCAGCAAAGGAAGAGAAGGAAAAUCACGGCAACAACUAGCAGACCAUACUAUGGGGGGUUGUCAUAGCGUUGCAUCUUGAAGCAACAUCUGACAGGGCAACUCGAGGGCCAACCUUCUCCAUCGGGACAUGUAGAGCCAUCGAGACAUGAGCCGCAAUGCAGGACGAAACGACGCACCCCGGGCACUACAUCACAACCACCGCUGCAAAACGCAAGGAUCUCAACACAGUUUAGUUUAUUUUAAUUUGUCAUUACGUUAAGUGUCACGUUUUCCCUUCACGUGCUGCGUUUUAAUCUGUUCCGUGUGUUUGGUGUGUGUGUGUGCUAAUGUGAUGAACGGAACGAACUGAAUUUCCUUGAAGCCGUGAAAGAAAGCUUUCCGCCCCAAUCGAGUUAUUUAUAAAAGUGUUUGUGUCCGUGUGAUAAGUGGUGAAACAAAGUCGGAUUAGAGGGAAGUAAGUGGAAAACACGAAACGAAGCAAAAGAAGAGAGAAGGGCAAGAAAACCAAUAUGACGAUGAAGCUGUUUCGACGUGGAUCGCCACGAUGUAUUGGACUGCUGUCUGCGUUCGUGACGAUUCUGCUCUGUCUGUACUACAUCUCCAUGGGGCAACCGUCGCCGGCUGGAUCCGGCCCAUCUGCACCGACCGGGAUGGACGGCAAGGACGCAUCCGGCGCUGUACCGGUCGGUGCAGCCCACCAGAAACGAUCGAAUGGACACCAUACGGGGCCGAAUGCAAAUCACUCGUGGCACAGCUGGUUACGGAGCAGCCUGAACUCGAUCGGUGGCGGUGGUCCUGCGGCCGGCAAUCGACAGCAGCGCAUCGCCAAUCGUGUAGGUGAUAAUGUGCGAGGAGAUUCAGCCGAUACGGACGACAGUGGUGGAACCGAUGCAGACGAUGGUGGCGGCGGUGGUGGUGGUGGUAGUGAUACUGGACCCUUGCCCCGUUUCGGUAGCCGAUGGGACGAGUGCAACGCGCUGGAGGAAGCAUCGACCGAUAUCACCACCGUGGACGAGUAUGGAAAAUUCGAUUUUCAGCCCGAAUGGAUGAAAACGAAGGAAUACUGGGACAAGGAUUUCGAAACGCGCUAUGAAAAGCUGCAAAAGGACCCGAAAAGGCCACCGCUAAAGAUUGUGGUGGUGCCACAUUCCCACAACGAUCCGGGCUGGUUGAAAACGUUCGUCAACUACUUCCAGUCGGAUUCGCGCCAAAUUCUCAACCUCGCCGUCACCAAAAUGCCCGAGUACAGCAACAUGUCGUUCAUCUGGAGCGAAAUUAGCUUCCUGCAGCUAUGGUGGGAUCAGGCACAUCCGACCAAACAGCGGAUAUUAAAGAAAUUGGUUCAAUCGGGACGGCUAGAAAUCACGACCGGAGGUUGGGUUAUGACGGAUGAAGCCAAUGCACAUCUGUACGCGAUGGUUGAUCAACUAAUUGAAGGACACCAGUGGGUUAAGGCAAACCUCAACGUAACACCGAAAACGGGCUGGAGUAUUGAUCCGUUUGGACAUGGCAGUACCGUACCGUACCUGUUGGCAGCAUCCGGCUUUAAGGGUACGAUCAUUCAACGGAUUCAUUACGCCUGGAAGCAGUGGUUCGCCCGCCAUCGGUACGGUGAUUUCCUAUGGGCGCCAUAUUGGAAAAGUUCGUCCAACAGUGCGAGCGAUCAUACGAUGCUAACGCACAACAUGCCAUUCGACAUCUACUCGAUCAAGCAUUCGUGCGGACCGCAUCCAUUCAUCUGUCUGAACUUUGACUUCCGCAAAAUCCCUGGGGAAUACACGGAAUAUUCAAUCAAGGCACAGUUUAUCACACCGGAAAACAUCGAAGCUAAGGCGGAUCUGCUGAUGGAGCAGUAUUCCCGCACGGCCUCCCUAUUUCCACACAAUGUGGCACUCAUCCCGGUGGGAGACGACUUCCGGUACAACAAGGAGAAGGAAAUGGAGCAACAGUACACCAACUACAAGAAGCUGAUCGAUUACAUCAACGAACAUCGGCAGAAGUACAAUGCGGAAAUAAGCUUCGGCACACCGGUCGAUUACUUCAAUGCCAUUCGUGAACGGUACGAUCGGUUCCCGACACUCAAGGGUGACUUCUUCGUGUAUGCCGACAUUUUCAACGAGGGUCGGCCAGCGUACUGGUCCGGCUACUUCACAACGCGCCCUUAUUACAAGAUCCUCAGCCGCGAGCUCGAACACAAUCUGCGCAGUCUGGAGAUUCUGUUUACGAUCGCGUUCAACCGAGCGCGACAAACCAGCAGUUCGAAUGCGUUCAAAAUUUACGAAAAGAACUACGAAAAGAUGAUUCUGGCACGGCGCAAUCUUGGUCUGUUUCAGCAUCACGAUGCCAUUACCGGUACGUCGAAAGCGAACGUAAUGCGCGACUACGCCUUGCGGCUGUUCGAGAGCAUACAGGACACGGUAAAGCUGCAGGAGAAAACGAUCGAGCUGCUGGUACAGCGGAAACCGCUCGAUCAGCAGCACGGUUUCCUGAUCGGGGAGCUUGAGAGGGACAACUUCGGCAAGUUGCCACGCAAAACGCCCAUCAUCGUGACGGAGGGUCGCAGCACGGACUUUAUCGUGUACAACGCACUCGCCCAGGAACGGCUGGAGGUCGUCACGAUACGUACAUUAACGCCACGCGUGAAGAUUCUGGACGCGGGCGGCAAAACUGUCGACAUCCAGAUCAACCCGGUGUGGAACAUUACGGAGACGUCGUACACGUCGCGAAAGAUUGUACCCUCGGACAAGGAGUACGAGGUGAUGUUUGUCGCACGGUUGGCACCACUUUCGCUGACCACGUACACGGCCGCUUACGAUGAGGACGGUUACCAGGGCAAGAUGGCUACGCUGUACUGUACGGAGUGUCAGGACGAGAAGACGAAGGCGUUCGAGGUUCGCAGCAAACAGCCGGGUGACAUUCAGCUGGAGAACUAUAAAAUGCGCCUACUGUUUGACGAGCAGAGCGGAUUCCUGAAGUCAGUCACGAAGAAACAUAUGGGCAAACAAAUCCAGUGCGCUAUCAAGUUUGCGGCGUACAAGAGUGCUCAGUUCCAUUCUGGUGCGUAUCUCUUCAAAACCGAUCCGGAGCAGCGUAACUCCGAGAAGGACGUAUUGGAGCAGUACGGUGAUCUAACCAUUCUCAUCACAUCCGGCCCGCUGGCAAGUGAUGUGACUGCCAUUUAUGGACCGUUCCUAGCGCACACGGUGCGUAUCUACAACUCGAACAGUGUGCUCGACAGUGCGAUCUACAUCGAAAACGAUAUCGACUUCGAAGCACCACCAAAGAACCGAGAAACUGAGCUGUUUAUGCGAUUCGUGACGGAUAUUGAGAAUGGAGCGAGUGAAAAUCCGGAAUUUUACUCCGACCUGAACGGAUUCCAGUACCAGAAGCGUGUGAAAGUGUCAGCAAUCGGAGUGGAAGGAAACUAUUUCCCUAUUACCUCCGGGGCUUUCAUACAGGACGAUCGUAUGCGUCUAACGCUCCUAACAACGCAUGCGCAGGGUGCGGCAAGCUUAGAACCGGGCCAACUCGAGGUAAUGCUCGAUCGACGCACCCUGUAUGACGAUUAUCGGGGAAUGGGUGAAGGUGUCAUCGAUAGCCGCCUGACGAGGCAUCGGUUCUGGUUGACGCUGGAAACUAUCGAUACACCAACGGCAGCUCAACCGGAUCCUCCACCGGCAUCGAACGUUAACGAGGAACAGAAGCCAAAUGCCGAUCCUUACCAGCUGCCUAGCAUCUUUGCUAACGCGCUAGCAAACGGGCUGAACUAUCCAGCCAACUUGUUCAUCGUGGAGCGUUACGACGAAAGCAACCAGCUGGAGUUGAACCGAGCGGUGCGCCUUCUGCGGGUACAGUUCCCGUGCGAUCUGCACAUGCUCAAUCUGCGCACGCUCACCGAGAGCAACUUGCCACUGUUCCCGUCCAGCUCGUCGCUGCUGGUGUUACAACGGCAAGGUUACAGCUGUCGAAUAGGAGGUGACGAAAUGAUCGGUCACUUCUGCGGUAACGGUAGUAGUAGUAGCAGUAGUAGCGGUGGUGGUGGUGGUGCCGGUAGCAGUACCAGCAAUCCUGCCAAAAGCGCAUUCAUUGACGGUGGCGAUGGUAAUGAACUCGACCACCGUCAGACGGAAGUGCGAGAACUGCAACUUUUCCGACGGUUACGGAUCGAAACGAUCCAGGCAACCUCACUGACGGGGUUACAUCCGGGCGAGCGUAUCACCACAUUCACCGACAUCUAUCUCGAACCGAUGGAACUCAAAACAUACAAUCUUACGUUUGCGAAGUAGGGAAACCAGGGAUAGACCCCUCCGGGGGGCCCCCAAACGUUAACAAAAACGGGAUGGCCGAAUAUUAUGGACAUCCCAUCAAACUACUCAUUUCAAGCAUUCCACACCGUAAGGGAACUCCCAAAAAGGAAACCCUUUGGAACGAUCUUCAGCUUCAUCGAUCAGGACGAUACACAGCAACAGGAAAACCUCUUCUAAUACUGUCGUGUGUUUGUAUCCAUGUUCAAGUAGUCAACAUUUAAGAGAAGAGUAUGAAGUAAAAUAUUACCACAGAAGAUGGCACGCUGCCAUCUUGGAUGAAUCUCAAGACAACGAUGAUCCAUGUUUGACGGAUUGGAUGAAGCUCUCUAACAAAAUAUCCCACACACACAGUUUCUAUCUCACCCCGAAUUGUCCCUUAUCUCUCAAUGUUUCUCUUCCUAUCACGGAUGGCUAAUUUUACGCGAUCUUCUGUUGUGCGUUAUAAGUAAAACUCGCGUUGCUAGAAGGAAUACACACGCAACAGCAACAUCAACUCGAACACAUUACUAUUCUCUCUCAGACGCCUGUCCUCUGGCCUGUUGUUUAUCCUUUUAAGAAAACAAAAGACAAUGCCCUGUCGCGUAGAAAGGUAUGAUGUUAAAAGGGCAGCUCCAUAAGCUCCACUCUCGAUGGGGAACGGGGAGUUUAGUGUAAUUUAUGUAACGUUUAGGAUAGUAACGGAAAAGAGUGCGAGAGUGCGGCGCCAAUAGGGAUGAUGAAUGAUGAAGGUUACGCAGGAGGCAACUUAAAGGAUAGUAGGCAAGUUAUUCAAAUGAAAACAAACAAAAAACAGCAAACAACAACAAAAAACCCAAUCGUACACUAAUUAAAUGCACGUGGUAGACGUUAGACACAACAUACACUUAGUGAAUCAAAACAUUAUCGACUAAACAGUGGGUGUGGGAAUACUUUAGUAGGAAUUCAGAAAAGGGGAAAAAAGAUGCAAAACCUGGCAAGGGUAACAAAGUAACAGAGCGAAUGGGGGUUGGGGCCAGGAUGAUAGGGGACAUAUAGGAUGACAAGUAGGUGAAUAUGAUAGAAUAGAUGAAAUGUAAAUGGGCGUACAAUGGAACAGAUUCAGAGUUGCAGAGGAGAUGGAACUAACAUAGGCUAAUGCUAGAAUUAAUGCAUUCGUGCGCUGCCAAGACCAUUGGCCGAUUGGUAAAGCGUCCUUGAGCUGGUUUAUAGUUAUACAUCCUCAGUGUCCUAUGUUUUAAAUUUUCCACCACGACAUUGAGUGGGGAAUUAGUUUUUCAAUUUAAAAAGACGACCCCCGCAAUAACGUAAAACGCGCAUGGGAAGCCCCGUUACCUCUCUAAUCUGUUUUGUCCUCAUUCCAAAAAAAAACAAGGAGUAUAUAGAUCGUGUCACUAGUUCGAAUAGAUGAGUGCGCAUUUUCCUUUCUGCUGCUUUACACUAAUCAUUCAAACUGUACAAAAUGCUGGUACUGGUAGUAUUAUUGGCAAACCAACUUCACUGUAGCGUAGCGUGAUUGGACGCUUUGUUUCGCCGAUUAUAAUUUGUAUUCUUCCAUCGAGCUCACUAUUUUGUGCAAUGGAAAGCUGUGCUUUUUUUUCUCUCGUUAAAUUAUAUUUUUUUAAAUUAGAAAUGGAAUAAGUAGUUCUACGUUAAUCUCGAGCUUUGUUCCGUUUGAUGGUCGAUCUCGCGCACCACCUUCCUAUCAUUAUUACGUCCGUAAUUUGUUGAACUGGAUAAAAAAACAAAUUUAAACAAAAAGAAAACACUAUAGCGCAAUUGUUGUUACUCUCUUUACUAAAAAGCAUUAAUGAUUUCCACCUCGACAAGAGGAGAUAGUAUGGUAAAAAUGGCUAGGCUUAUGAAAUGACGAAGAUAUUGUACAUUUAGUAAAGGAAUAUGCACGUGUGCAUCAAUUACAGGUGCGGCUAGUGGUUUAUACCAGUAAAUGCUGAUAAAGCGCGAUCGUGUAGCUGGUGUGAAUGUGGCCACAGUUUGUAUAUGCCGGUUUGCCCGGGGGAAUACAAAACGAAUGCGAAAAGAGUUUCGUAAAUUUCAAACAAAACAAAAAACCUCAACCCUAACGGUAUGGCAAAAAUACACAUACACACACACACACAGGCACAGGUGCAUGUUCGUGACGUUUAUGACCAGGGGAAACAGGGAUCGCACACGUUUCGUUUCGACUCACCCCACAGAAAGUGAUCGGGAUAAAUUUUAUUCUAAGCUGUUCUCUACGCCUCCUGAUGCCACCUGGCAAAUGGCCACCGGUGGUUUGCCCGUGGGUAAGCUAACAAACCAAAUUAAGCGAGAAACGAUUGUGAAUACCAAUAAUAAAGUUAAUGAAGGGUCAAGAGAAUGGAAAACAUUAAAUGAUAUUUUAACAAG